AUGCACAUAGCAGAAAAAAAAAGAAGUAUAUUCACUGAUAGAAGUCAACUUAAAUUUGCGAAAAGAUUAGUCGUUAAAUUGGGGAGCGCUGUCAUAACACGUGAAGAUGAACAUGGAAUCGCAUUGGGAAGAUUAGCUUCUAUCGUUGAACAAGUUGCCGAAAGUCAUAUGGGGGGUCGAGAAUGCAUUAUGGUGACGAGUGGAGCCGUGGCAUAUGGAAAACAAAAAUUAAAUCAAGAAUUGGUCAUGUCUCUAAGUAUGAGAGAAACUUUAUCUCCAAAAGAUCACAUUAAAGAUGAAGGAAAAUAUAUAUUAGAACCUAGAGCAGCUGCUGCAGUCGGUCAAUCCGGUUUGAUGUCAUUGUAUGAUGCCAUGUUUUCACAAUACGGUGUGAAAAUUGCCCAGGUGUUGGUAACGAAACCAGAUUUUUAUAACGAAGAAACAAGACGAAAUUUAUUUAGUACACUUUCGGAAUUGAUCAGUAAAAAUAUUGUACCUAUAAUAAAUACAAAUGAUGCAGUGACACCACCACCUCAAGUUGAUGACGAAAUUCGUGGGGUAGGUUGGAAAAAGGCAAUCAGCUUAAAAGAUAAUGAUAGUUUAGCCGCAAUGUUAGCGGCAGAAAUACAAGCCGAUCUUUUGAUACUUAUGUCCGAUGUUGAUGGAAUGUAUACAAAACCUCCGACCCAAGAAGGUGCCAGACUUAUUCAUACUUACAAUGCUGAAAUGAGAGAAACUAUUCAAUUUGGAAUGACAUCAAAAGUUGGAACUGGAGGUAUGGAUUCAAAGGUACAAGCAGCAACAUGGGCUCUUGAUAGAGGAGUGUCUGUGGUCAUAUGCAAUGGCAUGCAAGAAAAGGCUAUUAAAUUAAUUUUAGAUGGAAGAAAGAUCGGUACAUUUUUUACCGAUGGUCCAACCGGUCAACUUUCCGUUGAAAUGAUGGCAGAAAAUGCAAGAAGUGGUAGUAGACAGCUUCAAGCGUUAACUCCAACCGAGCGAGCCUCUUGUAUAAGAAUGUUAGCCGACAUGUUGAUAAGCAAACAAUCUCUCAUAUUGGAAGCAAAUGCUCGCGAUUUAGAAGAAGCAAAAAGAGAAAAUAUAGCUAAACCUCUUCUUUCAAGAUUAUCUCUUUCAUCUUCUAAACUUAAAAAUCUGUCGAUCGGACUUAACCAGAUAGCUGAUAGCAGUUUGAACAACGUUAACAGAGUUAUAAGAAGAACAAGACUCGCAGAAGAUUUAGAUUUAACACAAAUCACAGUACCUAUUGGAGUCCUUUUAGUCAUUUUUGAAUCUAGACCAGAUGCAUUACCUCAAGUAGCUGCAUUGGCGAUAAGUACUGCCAACGGUUUGUUACUGAAAGGAGGAAGAGAAGCUUCUCAUAGCAACAAAGCCCUUAUGGAUAUUGUUAAAGAAGCAUUGGCUCCUUUUGGAGCUAGUAAUGCCAUUUCAUUGGUUUCAACGAGAGAAGAAAUAUCUGAUUUACUAUCUAUGGAAGAUCAUAUUGAUCUUAUUAUUCCUAGAGGAUCAAGUGAGCUUGUACGCAGUAUUCAAAAUCAAAGUCAACAUAUACCCGUUUUAGGACAUGCCGAAGGAAUUUGUCACGUUUAUGUCGAUCGGGAAUGUAAUCCCCAAGUUGCUUUAAGAAUAAUUCGUGAUUCAAAAUGUGAUUAUCCUGCUGCUUGCAACGCCAUGGAAACCUUAUUGAUCCACGAAGACUUAAUCAAUCAACCUUUAUUUUCCGACAUAUGUACAAUGUUGAAAAAAGAGGGAGUAAAAAUAAAUUCGGGUCCAAAACUUUCAAAACUUUUAACGUUCGGACCACCACCGGCAAAAUCUCUUAGAACCGAAUAUGGUGCUUUAGAAUGUUGUAUAGAAGUCGUAAAAGGUUUAGAAGAUGCUGUCGAUCACAUUCACACUUACGGAAGUGGUCACACGGAAGUUAUUGUAACUGAAAAUGAAGAAAAAGCAAGAAAAUUUCAAAGUACCGUUGAUAGCGCAUGCGUUUUUCACAAUGCAAGCACAAGAUUUUCCGAUGGUUAUAGGUUUGGUUUAGGUGCUGAAGUUGGAAUAAGUACAGCCAGAAUUCAUGCACGAGGACCUGUUGGUGUAGAAGGUUUACUUACUACAAAAUGGAUAUUAAAUGGUACCGGACAAGUUGCUGCUGAUUUUGCUGAAGGAGGAACAAAACAAUUUUUACACGAAAAACUUCCAAUUCACGACUGA